AUGGCGCCCAUCAGGUUGGGGGUGAUUGGACUUUCUUCGGAAGGUUCUUGGGCCGCAGGAUCUCAUCUGCCAUAUCUGCUGGGGUCGUCGCAUUACCAGAUCACAGCUCUUCAAAACAGCAGCAGGGCUUCUGCUGAGAAAGCCGUCCAGAAGUACAAUCUCCCCGGAGAUGUCGCCUGCUACGGCGAUGUGGAAUCUCUCGUGCGCGAUCCGAAUGUCGACUUGAUCGUUGUUUCCGUAAAGACCCCAACUCAUUAUGGAUUAGCGAGGCCCGCGAUUGAGGCCAAAAAGGACGUUUUCGUCGAGUGGCCCCUCGGUGCAAACGUCAGAGAGGCAGAGGAGCUCACGUCGCUUGCAAAGUCGCACAAUGUGAAGACCAUGAUCGGGCUUCAGGCACGGCAGAAUCCAAGCAUCCGCAAGGCGAAAGAAAUGGUGGCUGCAGGUCAAUUGGGUGAAAUUCUGGGGACGACGAUGGUCGGGUCCGGCGUGAUAAUGGGUCGAGCAACGCCCGCGCCUCUUGAGUACGAACUGUCCAUCGAAUCAGGAGCAAACCUCGUCACCAUCCCUGCAAUGCAUGCAAUCGAUGCACUUUGCUUUGUGCUUGGAGAGUUCCAAGAUUUACAAGCCACCCUGGCUAAUCACCGACCAAAGAUGCCCAUCAUUGAUCCGGCUACCGGCAAGGUGCAAAGAUUGGCCGACAAAACCUGCCACGAUCAUAUGAGCCUGACAGGGACAUUGAUCCGUGGAGCUGUGGCAUCUGUCGUGUACCAGGGCGGUCACUCUUUGACGAGCAAGGACUUUUACUGGGAAAUCAACGGAAUCAAAGGCAGCCUGAUUCUAGAAGCACCCAGUGGGCUUGUCGAGAUGUUCCACCCAUCCCUGAAGUUCGUGAGGGCAGAAGAGCAGGAAUCGUUCAAAUUUUUCGACGAUGGAAAAGGCCCACAACCGGAGGAGGUCAAGGUGGAGGUCGCCUCUGACUUUUCGUAUAACGUUGGCCAGGCUUGGGACGCGUUCGCCGGUGCUGGGUCUGGAACCGUCACUACUUUUGAAGAUGCCUUGGUCAGACACAAAAUGAUCGAGGCGAUAUACAGAAGCAGUGAGAAGGGGACCAGGGAGACGUACAUCUAG